AUGCAGCCAGCUGAAGCCAAAUUGCCGCUCAUCCACAAAACAUCGUUUUCCGUGGAAGAUAUUUUGGACCCAACGAAGUUUACAGGGAAAAAAAUACGUAAUGGAGACACAGGAGCUCCGGGAAGUCAUACUUCCAGAAAUAAAUCCAGAAAGGUGCGAUUGUGCACCUCAAAUACGGUCAGUCGCACCUCAAGUGAAAACAACAGCCCUAUGGCCAGAGCUCUGUGUGCUAUGCAGCUUCAGAGCUCGGAAGAAAAAAGCUGUCGGGUCCGUACCGCAUUCACCCUGGAGCAACUGCAGGUUCUGGAGCAAAGCUUUCAGAAGUGCCACUACCUGUCGGUGCUGGAGCGACACACCAUCGCCUCGGCCAUGAGCUUGUCCGAGACUCAGGUAAAGAUCUGGUUUCAAAACAGGCGCACAAAGUGGAAGAAAGAGCGUCUGCAGGCGAAGGAGGGCGAAGAUGAAAAAUACGGUCUGUCCUCCCAUCCUGCGCUCUGCUCUUCUCUGUACUACAGUUCUCUUUUCCACCAGCAGCACCCUCCGCUCCAGCUGUUUGCAUCGCUGCCCCUGGUGCACAUCUGUCAUUAUUACACAUAA